AUGGCUGUGUCCAUGGCUGUGUCCAUGGCUGUGUCCAUGGCUGUGUACAUGGCUGUGUCCAUGGCUGUGGCUGUGAUGGGGGGAGCCGUCGCCAGUCGCCCCACGCAGCUGCUGUGGCGACCACUACAGUUACGUGUUGCACAGGUUACAGGUUACACUGGGACACCGCCCCCCACGGGGGCACUGCCCCCCACCGGGGUAUCGCCCCCCACGGGGGCACUGCCCAUCACUGAGGAAUACUUCAGCAAGAACCAGCGUCUGGGCCGCCCCCUCAGCCCCCACCUGUCCAUCUACAAGCCCCAGCUGACCUCCGUGCUGAGCAUCUCACACCGGGCCACCGGCGUCCUCCUGUCCUCCCUUUUGUCUGGCUUUGGCAUCGGCAUGCUGGUGCUGCCCGCCUCCUACCCCUACUACGUGGCGCUGCUCUCCCAGGCGCACUACGGCGCCGCCGUCGUCUUCACCGUCAAGUUCUGCAUGGCCUUCCCCUUCCUGUUCCAUGCCUUCAACGGCGUCCGCCAUCUUGCGUGGGACUUGGGCUACGGGUUCACGCUGCGCACGCUCUACAAGUCAGGCUACGGAGUGACGGCACUCGCCCUCCUCUCCGCGCUGGCCGUCGCCAGCUACUGAGGCUCAACCGCCAGCGACCGCCUUAUAUAUACUCGGGGAAAUGGGUGGAACUUCCGUAUAUUGAUGCACUUUUUUCGCCUAAGUGUAGUUCAUCCUGACCAAGUUAAUCACGGCAAAUGAGCGUAAAGGUGCUACGCGAAAUAGUACGUCUCUAAUAUGGAUAAUAUGACCCAUUCAUUUUAUGAGUGUAUGCGCUCCUGGGAAGGUACCUGCACUGAAACGUUCUCUACAUUGUCGGAACAAUGGUUAGCCUUUGUUUAUGUUAUGGCAGAUGCCGACUAGGCUUUUGUUUAUGUUAUGGCAGUUGCCAACUAGGCUUUUGUUUAUGUUAUGGCAGGUGACAACUAGGAUUUUGUUUAUGUUAUGGCAGUAACGAGACUUGUAGGGUGCCAAAUAGGCUUUUGUUUAUGUUAUGAGAGAUGCAACUAGGCUUUUGUUUGUUAUGACAGUAGCGCCACCUGUAGGGUGCCAACUAGGCUUUUGCUUAUGUUUGGAAGUUGCCAACUAGGCUUUUAUUAUGUUAUGGCAGUAGCGAGACUUGUAGGUGCCAACUAGGCUUUUGUUUGUUAUGGCAGUAACGAGACUUGUAGGGUGCCAGCUAGGCUUUUAUGUUGUGGUAGGUGCCAACUAGGCUUUCGUUUAUGUAAUGACAGUAGGGUGACAUUUAGGAUGCUAACUAGGCUUUUGUUUUAUGUUAUGGCAGAUGCCAACUAGGCUUUUAUGUUAUGGUAGGUGCCAACUAGGCUUUUGUUUAUGUAAUGACAUUUAGGGUGCCAACUAGGCUUUUGUUUAUGUAAUGACAUUUAGGGUGCCAACUAGGCUUUUAUUUCGUAAUUCGACACGGCCGAUAGUUCCAACAAUGUGCAGACGGCGACAGUGAGAGUACAGGUCCUGUACCCCGCUUGUAUUGUACAGUACAUUUGAGUUGUUAUAACUGAAUAUUAGGCAGUUAUUUUUAAAUAAAUAUUACCAAAU